CAGCCACUCCAUGGAGGAGCUGGUGGGGCUGCGCCGAGGCUCCCCUGGGACCCCGGUGGCACUUCGAGAGCUGUGGGGUCCAUGUCCUCGCCUCCGCCGAGGCAUCCGAGGGGCCCUGGAGUGGCUGAGGCAGAAGCUGUUCCUCGUGAGUGAGGACUGGUACUUCCUGGCGAUCCUCGGCGUGCUCAUGGCCCUCAUCAGCUACACCAUGAACUUCGCCAUCAGCCGCGUGGUUCGAGCACACAAGUGGCUGUACCGGGAGAUUGGGGACGGUCACCUGCUCCGGUACCUCUCCUGGACCGUCUACCCCGUGGCCCUCAUCUCCUUCUCCUCCGGCUUCUCCCAGAGCAUCACGCCCUUCUCCGGAGGCUCCGGGCUCCCCGAGCUGAAGACCAUCUUGUCGGGCGUGAUCCUGGAGGACUACCUGGACAUCAAGAACUUCGGGGCCAAGGUGGUGGGCCUCAGCUGCACGCUGGCCGCGGGCAGCACCCUCUUCCUGGGCAAAGUGGGCCCUUUCGUGCACCUGUCGGUGAUGAUCGCGGCCUACCUGGGCCGCCUGCGCACCAAGACUGUCGGGGAGCCCCAGAACAAGAGCAAACAGAACGAAAUGCUCGUGGCGGGCGCGGCGGUGGGCGUGGCCACGGUCUUCGCAGCGCCCUUCAGCGGGGUCCUGUUCAGCAUCGAGGUCAUGUCGUCCCACUUCUCCGUCUGGGAUUACUGGAGGGGCUUCUUCGCCGCCACCAGUGGGGCCUUCAUGUUCCGCCUCCUGGCGGUCUUCAACAGUGAGCAGGAAACCAUCACCUCCCUCUUCAAGACCAGCUUCCGGGUGGAUGUCCCCUUCGACCUGCCCGAGAUCUUCUUCUUCGUGGCACUGGGGGCCAUCUGCGGCAUCAUGAGCUGCGCCUACCUCUUCUGCCAGCGGACCUUCCUGGGCUUCAUCAGGACCAACCGCUUCACCUCCAGGCUGCUGGCCACCAGCAAGCCGCUGUACUCGGCCCUGGCCAUCCUGAUCCUGGCCUCCAUCACCUACCCGCCCGGGGUGGGCCGCUUCAUGGCUUCUCGGCUGUCCAUGAAGGAGCACCUGGACACACUCUUCGAAAGCCAGUCAUGGGCUCUGAGGACGAGGAACGCAACCCCGACCUGGCCGGCCGAGCCGGACCCCCAGAACCUCUGGCUGGAGUGGAACCCACAGCCAUUCACGGUCUUCGGGACCCUCGUCUUCUUCCUCUUCAUGAAGUUCUGGAUGCUCAUCCUGGCCACCACCAUCCCGAUUCCCGCUGGCUACUUCAUGCCCAUAUUCAUCUGGGGCGCUGCCAUCGGGCGCCUCCUGGGCGAGGCCCUGUCCCUUGCCUUUCCGGAGGGCAUCGUGGCUGGAGGGGAGGUCAACCCCAUCAUGCCUGGAGGCUAUGCCUUGGCAGGCGCCGCCGCCUUCUCGGGCGCCGUGACCCACACCAUCUCCACGGCCCUGCUGGCCUUUGAGCUGACCGGCCAGAUCGUGCACGCGCUGCCGGUGCUGCUGGCGGUGCUGGCGGCCAACGCCAUCGCGCAGAGCUGCCAGCCCUCCUUCUACGACGGCACCAUCCUGGUCAAGAAGCUGCCCUACCUGCCGCGGAUCCUGGGCCGCAACCUCGACCCCCACCGUGUGCUUGUGGAGCACUUCAUGAACAGCUCCCUCACCACACUGGCCAAGGACGCGCCGCUGGAGGAGGUGGUCAAGGUCGUGACCUCCACAGACUCGGCCGAGUACCCACUCGUGCAGAGCGCAGACUCUCAGAUCCUGGUGGGCACCGUGAGAAGGGCCCAGCUGGUGCAGGCCCUCCAGGAGGAGCCACCCCCCUGGGCACCAGGACAACAGCGGUGUCUCCAGGACAUCCUGGCUAGGGGCUGCCCCACAGAGCCGGUGAGCCUCCAGCUGACGCCAGAGACCUCCCUGCACCAGGCACACAGCCUCUUUUUGUUGCUGAAACUUCAGUCUCUCUUCGUGACAUCUCGGGGCAGAGCUGUGGGAUUCGUGACUUGGGUUGAGCUGAAGAAAGCCAUUUCCAACUUGAUAAACCCGCCAGCCCCAAAGUGAGCCUGGGAAGAUGGAAUAGGGCUGGCCCCGCUGGAUGCAGCUGGCCUGUCACGGCACUCUCCUCCUCUCUAGCCCGGCCAGUUCCCUAACUGUUCCCACUGUGCCCCACCCUGGGCUGCAGGGAACACCCCACCCUGAAGGGGCACUCAGAAUGCAAGAGGCAGAUCUGUGCUAGGUGCUGGGUGCUGGGUGCUGGGCACUGGGCACUGGGUGUUGGAUGCAGUCAUGCCAUUUGUGUAUGAAGAGAUUGGCAUCGCCCAACACCGGCAUGGAUGUCCUCUGAGGUUAUCUCAUUCCCCCAGGGACUCCUGAAAAAAACAAAACCGAAAACAAAACCCAUAAAGCCUGCUCCUGAUUCUUCCUCUAUCCUGUCUGUGCGGCGAGCACAGCCACCUGGCACGGUAGGUGCCAACCUGUGCUGACUCCAGGGGAGAGUGAGGCCCCCUGCUGGCCACAGGGGCACUGCAGGUGGGUCCUUGCUGGGAGAAGUGGGGCAGGGCAAGGUGGGGCCCCCACGCGUCUCCUGCUGAGGCCAUCAGGACUCCAUCACCCGCACCCCGGUGCCAGCUUCGUCCACGAAUGAAUCAGGCUGGCUCCAGCUGGGUCCUGGCAUGUGCUUCCGUGGGGUGCCGCAGAGCUGAGGCAUGUUCUGUAAGAACUCUCC